GCUGUGGGUGAUUCUCAGGAAAAUGGAACAGCGUUUCAACCGCUUUUGUCUUGGGUGAGUUGAAUGCCCGAUUUUUUUAAGUAAGUGAUAAAUAUUUUCUUCGGAUCUUAAUUCAGAUUUCUUUUUUAUGUCAUAUCAAAGUUUGUGUCAUAAAACGAGCUACUUAUAAGAAUGACCCAAGCACCAAUGCGCAAUGGCAAUGGCUUGGCAGCCUCGUGAACAUUGGCGGAUAUUCGCUAACACUUGGACAGCAUGUUAUCGGGUGUAUCGUCGAUAAGGCGACGGAGCGCGCGCACGCGACCAGUGCCGCGGUACCCUCCGGCGCAAGAGCCGCGCUUCGCCAGCCCGUCAACCUCGCCUCGAUAAAUAUUAUACAACUGAUACCAUUACCGGCGAUUGUUUUGUAAACUGACUUGUUGUGACAAGGAUUGCUUUUACUUUGACUUGUGCGGUUGAACAGAAGCAAAUUAGGCGCUGUUUAUAAGAAGAUUACAACUUCGCGUCUGUACAAUGGCGAUGAAAGAAUGGCUACAACGGCUGCCCCCGCCGCGCUCGCUGCUCGCGCUGCUGCUGGCCACGGCCGGCUUCAGCGGGCGGCUGUUCGCCUCGCACGUUACCAACUCGCCCACACUCGUCGUCGACACCUGCCAUGCGCUGUGCCGCCUGGUGGGGCUCAUUACCACGCUUAUCGCCUACAAGUUCUCGCGCGCCGACGAGAACGCCGGGCGUGAGGGCAAGCUGCGCAACACGUUCGGCUGGGCGCGCAUCGAGGUGGUGGGCCGGCUGUCCGUGCACGUGCUCUUCGCCUCCUUCGCGUUCGCGCUUGUCGUCAACGCGCUGCAGCUUGGCGUGCACUCCUCGCACGUGCAGCCGCCGAGGUUUCCGCGCGUCAUUGUCGCCACCGCUGUCAUUGGACUACUGCUGCAUGCGUUGAACUACAUGCUUCUUGCCGGUCGCGAGUUGAGCUACAGCCGGCGCCUAAGCAUGACGGAGAGCGGCGGCGUGGUGCUGAAGCAGGGCGUCGGCGAGCCAGUCCUCGCACAUGCGCCCACUGACAUCGCUAGCAGUUUGUUCGUGAUGGGCGCCGGGCUCACGUUGGAGUGGGAGGGAUAUGCGGCAGGCAUCGUUGACCCCGCACUCUCUGCUAUCGCCGCCAUUGUGCUUGUUUGCUUCAACUAUCCUUUCAUGCGUUCAGCGGGCAUGAUCCUAUUACAAACCGUGCCAGAGGGGCUGGGCGCAUGCGAGCUGAAGGCGGCGGCACUGCGCGUGCCCGGCGUACUGGCCAUCCACGAGCUGCACGUGUGGCAGCUGCACCGCGACCACGUCGUGGCCACCGCGCACGUCGCCUACUCCUCGACAAAGGACUACUUGAAGACGUCAGCGCUCGUGUGCGACGUGUUCAAGCGCCACGGCAUCGGUCUAGUCACGCUACAGCCAGAGUUCAUGCUGACCCAACUCGUCGGCACAGAGGAGGAGAAGAGAACACUAAUACAGUUGGCAAAUGAAGCGUGUGCCAACCCCUGUGCUAAGGAAUGCAUUGGCCCGCGGUGCUGCGAGCCGCCUCCCAAACCUAAAGUCGUGCGGGUGUGAGCAGCCCCUUACAACUGAAUAUUUCUUGCCAUAGGUUCACACCAAAGAUCGAAGCACCAGUAUCAAACGUAGAAAUAGUUAUCGUCUAACUCUUGUUUUUAAAUCCGAGAACUUAAAAAGACGAGACAGCAGGUAAAGCCUCUAUUGUCAAAAAUGAAAUGUCUGUUAUCAUUAACCCCGUUGGUACUAUUUCGGAGUCCGGGGUCUGCUUUUCCCCAAAUGAAUGCGACGACGAUUCAAUUAAUUUGACCGUUGAAGUACGGAAUUCACUGGUGCUUUGAUUCUUGGUAGGUAAUUUUACUCGAUUAAGUUAUUUUGUUAUACAUGUACAUAGUAAUUGAAUUAAAUGUGUCUAAUUAAGUAAUAGGUAAGUGAAUCACUGUAAAUUCAGUCAAGUGUUUAUAGUCUAUAAAAAGAUUAAAACACACUACAAAAGCACAACCAAAGAAAGUCCAUUGAACUGCCGUUAAAAACGAAGUUUCUAUUACACGAGGCUUAGGUAAGGCCAGCAUUCUGCCAGCACCUAGUACCAGUGCGGGUGAAAGUGAGUGAUGAAUGAAAUCGCGCUGUACAUAGUUUGCUGCGUACACGUUACAAAUGACAGCCGGGUAGGUAAUUAGGUUUGUGGAGUCAGCACGAUCGUUCCGCCAUCAUUUACAGUUAAUGAAGACAUUUUAAAGUUAGCACGUUGCUAGUCAAUUCAAAACUCUUUGCAUGACUAAAUAUUUAGAUAGGUUGGUACCAUACUGAAGGCGACUCCUAAAGCCUACCGCCAUUCAAAGUAACGCAAAACCAAACUAACAAGUUCAAACUAGCACAAGUUGCUGCUACCCUACAACCAUACUCUUCCCCGUGAGAAAAGGCUAAGUUCGGUCACGUUGGACGGCUGUUGUUUGGGUAGUUGCAGUUAUCCCAAUAGACGCACGUGCCCCAACUGACCUUAAUACUGAUGAAACAUGAAUAUGAUGCUCAAAUGAAAGAAGUAACCUUCAUAAUCAAUAAUGUUCAAGCUACGCAUUAUCUACCUACUAUAUAAAAAUAUUCAAUAAUAACAAUUAAAUUGUUUGUUCGUUUCAUUACUCAUUCACACAACUGUAUGUUAUGAAUAUUAUGAUAGACACCUGUGGAGACGUUGUUACACUCAAGUACCUACAUUGCAGACAACGUAUCACAGGUACCUCGUAAUACAUACGACUUACGAGUAUGUAAUAGUCUAACUUGUUACCAAUAGGUACUCAUGAUUAAGGUUUACGCGCAACGUUUCCUUAUCUUUUCCAAUUAUACCAUUUCUGAUGAGAUAUUUCACCGGGUUAAGUAUGGGGAAACUUAUUAAACAUUUGAUGUACCUAAGUAGAAAAAUCCUGAUGAAUGGAAUCAGAAAUAUAAAAUCUGAAUGGAAUACCUUUUUGUACAGAAUUUUCAUUACCAAACGUAGAAAGGUGUGUGAAAGUGAUACUUGCUGAGGCCGAACCAAACCUAUCCCUUUCAAACCGCUUCAUAGAUAAUCAAUGAUCCAUUUUCAGAGCAUGAGAAAUGAAAAAUUACCUGCAUUAAUAAAUACAAAUGAGCCACGCGAUUUAGAAAAUAAGUUGUGAUGUUCCUCGACAGUAUUAGGACAACUAAUUAGUAAAGAAGGUAAGUAGGUAACUUACCCGGCUACUAGGCUAGGGUAAUUAGAGUAAUUAUAAGCGGUAAGUUAAAUUGUAAGAAUUUUGUGUACAAAACUUGUUGACAAAUUGUUAUAAAUAAAUUUAAGUGAGUUUUAA